AUGGAGUUGGAGUAUAUUUGCCACUUGAAUAUUAAGAAAUUUGAAGAUGGUAUGGAAGACAUUAAUAAUAGCUUGGAAAGCGGUGGAUAUGAUAUUGAUACCGGAAAGGGUACUCUUAGCUGGGGUAGUCGCUCAUCAUCCUCUGCAUCAAAUGCAUGGGGUUCCUCAGCACUGUCUCCUAGUCCUGAUGGUGGUACUGGUUCACCAAGUCAUCCCAAUGGUCGACCUUCAUCUGGCGGAAGCAACACUCGACCAUCGACUGCCGGUAGCGACAAAAUACACGAACCUUCUGCCAAUUCAUGGGCUCCUAAUUCUAGGCCAUCAUCAGCUUCUGGGUCGUUGACAUCAAAUCAAACAUCACUGACUUCAUUGCGUCCUCACAGUGCAGAAACUAGACCUGGCAGCUCGCAGCUAUCGCGAUUUGCUGAACCCUCAUCUUGUAAUUCAGUGGCAUGGAGUCCAACUGGUGCUGUGGAGAAAUUGGUUGUCCCAUCCCCCAAGAAUGAUGGGUUCUCCUUGAGUUCUGGAGAUUUUCCAACACUUGGUUCAGGGAGAGACAAUUCUGGAAAGAAUGUGGAGUCUCAAGAUCAUGGCUCUCACCGUCGUCCUAGCUCAUCUUCAGGCAGAGUUGCACCUGUAAAAGAUAGGACUGCAAUUUCUCAAGCUGGUGAUGUGUUUUUUGACACAGAUAUGAAAAAUGAAGCUGCAAAUCCAUGGAAAAGAGAUGGUUCUCAACACAUUGAAGAUGGGAUGCAGCCUACCAUGGAAAAAUGGCCCGGUGACUCCCAACAAUACCAUAAUGUCGCUCCUCAGCAUUUUGAUGCUUGGCAUGGUUCUCCAAUAAAUUCUCCAGCUGGUGUUUGGUAUAGAGGACCUCCAGGAGGUUCACCAUAUGGACCACCUGUUUCUCCUGGUGGCUUCCCAAUUGAACCAUUUCCUUAUUAUGGUCCUCAGAUUCCACAUCAUGUUUUAGCAAGUUCACAGCCAGUUCCUCCACCUGGUGCAGGACCGAGGGGACACCAUCCUAAUAAUGGAGAUCUAUACAGGCCUCAGAUGCCUGAUGUUUACAUCCGCCCAGGUAUGCCAAUUAGGCCUGGUUUCUACCCUGGUCCUGUAGCCUAUGAAGGCUAUUAUGGCCCUCCAAUGGGCUACUCCAGUUCCAACGAACGAAAUAUUCCAUUUAUGGGAGUGGCAGCUGGUCCCGGUGUUUAUAGUAGGUACCCAGCCCAAAAUGCUCAUGAUCCUAGCAAUACCCAUGCCAGAGUUGGUGGCCAUGGUUCAACUCCCAAAAUAUUGGCAUCAGAGCAAGUGGAACCUGGCCAUUCUGAUGAUACACAAGGACCGCACAAAGUUAUUCUAACACAAUACCGUGAAUGGGAUGGAAAGGAGGAAGAAGGGAACUGGAAACCCACUGUACCAGCUAAUGCCCCUAGUUUUGAUAAGGGCGACCAAUCAAGAACAUUAUCACGAAAAAAUGAGUUGGGGGCAGACCACAGAAGGAACGAAGAUAUGUGUACAAAAAGAACGAUGACAGCGGGUGAGAAUUUUUCUCAAACUUUUGACAGUCAAGGAAGUUGUUCUUCGGUUUCCGAUAAAGUGAAAAUGCCUGAAAGUAAGGGCAAUGCUAGGUCAGUUGAUGACAAAUGGAUAAAGAAAUCAGAAAUUUCAGCAUCUUCUUCUGCAGAAGUGCUGCAAGUAUUCCCAGCUUCCGCAAAAGAUUCAUCUCUCAUACAGAAAAUUGAAUGCUUAAAUGCAAAAGCCCGGGCUUCUGAUGGGCGACAUGAUGUUGCUUCCAUUUCUAAUUCGGAAGAGCAGAACAACAGAUUACUCAAUGUUACUGCCAAGGUCAGCAGUUCCACAUAUGCUGCUGGUAUUGCCACUUAUGAAAGAGCUCAUGCCACAGGAAAUCAUAUCCCUUCCUCCCACAGCGCAGGUGUUUCAAGGAAAGCUCAUCAUGGUGUGCAAGGUAGAAUUGACCAUCAUGGUAAAGGAAGGCUCAUCACUCAGGAUGCUGAUGGAGGGAGAAAUAAAUCUCUAGCUGCUGAGUCUUCUAGCACAGUUUUGGCUCCAAGCUCUGGACCUACUUCUGAUGUUCAUGCACAGGACCACCACAGCACUGUGGAGGUUGUUGACAAGUCUCAGAUAAAGCUUCCGGUGAAGGAUGAGGGAGAAUCUUUGACACCAGUGUUUGGUGCACGUGAUAGCCAGGGUGCUAAGAUGAGUAUGUUAGCCAAGCGGGUGCAACUAGAGAGGGAAGAGGAAGAACGGAGGAGAGAGCAGAAUGCAAAGGCUCAAGCAAAACUGGAGGAGUUGAAUCGGCGAAUGAAGGCAGGGGAUGGUUCAACCCAGAUGUUGGGAAAAGAUUUUUCCAUUGGUACCAUCCAGUGGGAGCAGGAAGAACCCCACGCACUGGUUGAGCCAGUGAUGGUCGCUACUAAAUGUGAAGCACCUAGCUCAGACUUGGUUUCAAAUUCUGAUGUAGUCGCACUGAGUAGUGAGGGCAGUACCAGUGGGGUUGGAGCAACUACUGUCCUAUCCAAAGAUUCACUUCUACGGACACCAAAGAAUGUCCAACAGGAAGCUGUUAUUCCACAUGACAAGUUUUUGCCCCUGAAACUGGAAGUUGAUAAUGCUGGCGCUGCUGACCCCGUAGCUUCUACUCAAGUGAAUGACGGUGUUGUCUCCAGGCAUAAGCACAUGGACCAUAAACAAAAGCAUAUUAUGUCAUCAGAGAGGAAAUUUACUGAAAAAUCAACUCCAACUAGGGCACCUGAGGCGUCUGAAAAUCAUCGUGAUGUAGUUGCUGAUUAUGAUGUUCCUGUUGAAGUUGGCUCAAGUGGUGAGUCAAGCUUGCCAAAUAACUCAAAUAUCAUGGCUGUAUCCUCAGCACAUCAGAAAAGGAAAAAUAACAAGAGUGGCAAGAACAAGUCUAAGUCGGAUGAUUUGUCAUUUGCUGCUGCUUUAUCGUCACCAGUGUCAAAUGAAACUAAUCCUGCAAAAGCUCCCACUGCAAGUGGAAAGGGAAAGGUUUCUCUGGUAGAAUUGGAUCCUUGCUCAGAUAAGUCAAUUAUUGAUGCCAAAUAUGCAAUCCAAUCUACAGAGCGGCUCUCUUCCUUACCUAGUGAAGAAGCCCAUGGCAGAGUGAAUAACCAGUGGAAAUCACAGCACUCCCACAGGAUGCCAAGAACUCCACAAGUUAACAGAAUGACGGAUAAAUUUCGUAGCUCUGAUGCUGUUAUUUGGGCUCCGGUGAGGUCACAAAGCAAAGCUGAGGUUUCAGAUGAAGCUAGCCAGACAACUGUGGCUGAUGUUCUUACUUCAACAUCAAAGAGCGAUAAUUCUGUGCAGAAUAAUAUGAAAAGCAAGAGGGCAGAGAUUGAGAGGUAUGUUCCCAAGCCGGUGGCAAAAGAGCUGGCUCAACAGGGAAGUAUCCAGCAACCAGUGUUUGCUACAUCCAGUCAAACCACAUCUGAUGAAAUGACUGGGACUUUGCAACCUGGUCCUGAGAGCAAUGAAAGUUCUCAACCUGCUAGCUGUGCAAUGGGGUGUGUAGAAUCUACUUUAGAGCCCUGGAACAGGGAUAGUAAGGACUGUAAGCAGGCAAAAGCACAUGGAGCAUGGCGCCAACGAGGUUCGACAGAAUCAUCACUUGUGCAGGGUUUGCAACAUGGAUCAUCUUCCCCUUCAAAUGCAAGCAAGAAUAUUCAUAAUCCCUUGGAACAACAGCAAUCCUUAAAGCCUGACGAGAAAAUGGUAAAAGCUCAACCAAAGUGUUCUGACGAAUCAGGGAGCAACAGGCAAAGGAAAGCGGNGUGUUCUGACGAGUGGAACACUUCAGAUGGCUGGAACACUACUCAUACUUCUGAUGUAACGGCACCUAUUGUUGCUCCUGUUGUGAAAGAUCAGGGAGCAACAGGCAAAGGAAAGCGGCAGCCAUCCAAGGGCCAUAGAAGCUCGGGUAUUUUUCACGAGCUUGAUCACAAAAAUAUCAAUAGUGAGGAGAUGGACAAAAGUUACAUUCAAUCUGCCUCUAAUGAGAUGAUCCAAUCAGACAAAGUUGUUCCUUUGACACAGAAUCGAGGCAAUCGUGGCGUUGGGGAGCGAACAACAUCUCAGUGGCAACCGAAAUCCCAUACACAUUCAGCCAAUGCUCAACAGGGAAGCAGGUCCAGUGGAGGCCAUCAUGUUGAUGCUGAAGUCAGUAGGGCUACGAAAAAGGAUUCUUCCCUGGAGGGUAGGGUGCUUCCAUCAAAAAAUGACGAAGACAGUGUGGAAGUUAUGGCCGAGGCCUUCCUUGAUCAAUCUGUGCUCGAAAGUAAGAAUGUGGCAGAAGCAUCAAAUGUAAGGAAUCAAGAGGCUAUAAGAGAAAGGAAGGCAGCUUCAUCUGAAGGACGCCCCUAUUCCCCGAACCAAGGUCCUGUGAGUGCAGAUGACCAAGCUCCUGGUAAUAUGAAUACCCUACAUGAGCAGCGCUUCUCUGCAGGAUACCGCAGAAGUGGAAACCGAAACAAUCGUUCUGGCAGAGGACAUGAAUCUCAGAGAGACUGGAGCAGUGCUGAGCAAGAUAACAGGCAGCAUAACAUCCCAGCAAACCGGGAGAGACACAGGCACAAUUCACAUUAUGAGUAUCAGCCCAUUGUGCAAAACAAUACUAGCAAAUCCAAUAAUUUUGAGGGACCAAGAGAUGGUUCUCAUAAUGUGGGCUCAAGGUACAGGGAGAGGGGUCAGAGCCAUUCGAGACAUGGUGGGGGGAACUUCUAUGGAAGACAAAGUGGCACUAUCAGAGGAGAUGCUGAUUAUGAUUGAUGGGGAAAUAACAGUCUGGAACCGGGUGUUUGGUUUUACUGAGAACUAUUCCGCCAAAGCAUGUUUUGGCUUUUGAUUAGCGAGUAUCUCAGGAUUAGGGGAAAAGUUUGGUAUAUGCUGCCAAGGCAAAAUAUUGUCUGUCUACACGAGGGAUACAGAUGUGGUGAUUUCUUUUGUUAAGGUGUAGUUGAUUUGAAUAUUGUAAUUUGGUCCCGGUGUGUUGCCUGUGGAACCUUUUGGCAUUUUCCCUUAAGGAACCUUGUAUCGAGUAUCAUCAUUUUCCGUCCCAAAUAUGGAAUGCUAGAGGUUAUGAAUUACGGAAAAGUGUUUUUUUCUGGUUUGUCUGCCAAUGAAAUUUACCUUUUCAUUGUUAUCUUUGUCUACUACUUUCUAAUUACCAUCCUUGUUUAAGAAGGCGUGUAGGACUGUUGUCUUGGGCAUUGGUCUUUAAAUACC